AAUAAGUUACUUUUUUGUAGAACAAAGGAUGGAGAAGUGGACCAAACACUUCAAACAAAUUAGCUUAGACAUGAGACCACCAGCAGAACUUUUUUUACCCAUUCAAGUGCCCCAAAAGCUUUUGAUGGGUCCUGGACCUUCUAACUGCAGCACUCGUGUGUUAGCUGCAGCUUCCCAGCCUCUCAUUGGUUAUCUACAUCCAGAACUUUUAAAGAUUAUGUCUGAUAUCAAGGCAGGGAUACAUUAUGUUUUUCAAACAACAAAUCCUUAUACAUUAGCUAUCAGUGGCACAGGUCACUGUGCUAUCGAAGCUGCUGUAUUCAACCUACUACAGCCAGGAGAAAAACUUUUGAUAGCUGUACAUGGCAUCUGGGGACAAAGAGUUGCUGAUAUUGCAGAAAGAUGUGGAGCAAAUACUUUCAAGGUUUUUGUCCCAGUUGGAGAAGUGUUUUCUCUUGAAGAACUUGAAAAAGCACUUGUUCAGUAUCGUCCCAAUGUUCUGAGUAUUUGUCAUGGAGAUUCUAGUACAGGAACUUUACAACCAUUAGAAAAUUUGGGAGAGUUAUGCCACAGGUAUGAAUGUCUUCUCAUGGUUGAUGCUGUUGCUUCUCUUGGGGGUACUCCUAUUUUUAUGGAUAAAUGGGAAAUGUUUAACUUUAGAUACCACCACACAGCCCCUAUCACUGGAUUAUAUACUUUACGAGAAGCUCUAGCUCAGAUAGUAGAAGAAGGACUAGAACACUGUUGGCAACGUCACCAACAAUGUGCCGAAUUGUUGUAUGAAGGAUUAGAAAACUUAGGAUUGGAGUUACUUGUCAAGAAAAAGGAGAAUAGAUUGCCAACUGUGACAACUGUAAAAAUUCCAUCUCAUAUUAGUGGAAAGAAGGUGACAGAUUUUUGUAUGAAAGAGUAUAGCUUAGAAAUAGCUGGUGGACUUGGGCCUACAGCUGGCAAGGUCUGGAGAAUUGGUUUGAUGGGAAAUAACUGUAAGCCACAGAAUGUCAGUUUUGUGUUGACCACUUUAAAGCAAGCUUUAGCUGAGACUGGAUUUCCUUCAAGCAAGUUAUAAAGUGAAAGUAGCUUUUACGAUAUAUAAAAACAUAUAUAUACUGAUACAAGAAAUGUAACUAGCAUCAACCAACUAUUGCUACACUACAGUCACUAUCAUGAUACACUGUUGACUAAUAAGGUAAAUAGGUACGGUUUUGAAAUAACCAAAAUUAACAAUAGGACUAUCACUGUCAUGAUACAGUCAUGAAUAUAGCAAAUAGGAAAGAUUUUGAAAUAACUAACAAUAACAACACUACAGUUAUUGUUAUCGUGAUACAUUGUUCAAUUGUAUCUCUUUUCUAGAAUAAUGGUUUUAUUGAUAUAUUAUAAAAAUGAAAACACUAACACAUAGUAAGACACAUUUUGUGUAGCAUAUAUAUCACUUUAAAUAUGCAGUUGAGGCUAAUUUAGUGUUGGAUAAUUCUGUUUUUCACUGUGAUACCUGCUUGAAACGAUGGAGGGCUGCAUUUAGAGUAAUAUUUAUGGUAAUUUUUAAUGAUAUAUAUGCUUGUUGUUUCAUGUUACUUCUUUAUUAAAAUAAUAUUCUACUGAAAGGAAAGAUGUUGACUGUUAUGCAGUGAUUCCAUCAGAAUUUGUAUAUUUUGAUUCUUAAGAAAAAACAAAGGUAAGUUGUUACAUGUUUCAGAAUCGAUCAUUUCUGAGGUUGGAAACAAUUGUCUACUCCACUUGUUGGAAGUUUGAUCCUGAUCAAAGUUUUGAUUAUUUUCAGUGGGGGAGUAAUUUUGUUGAUGAAAACUUAGGUAUUAAAGUACAUGAGACAGUGCUGUGUACUGGAUAAACAUAAUUUCACUGUUACAUUUAUAGGUUGUAACUGUUAAGAAAGUACUGUGUAUUUUAUAAACAUGAUGUUUAUGGCUACAUUUGUAGGUUGUAGCUGUUGAGAAAGUACUGUGUAUUUUAUAAACAUGAUGUUUAUGGCUACAUUUGUAGGUUGUAGCUGUUGAGAAAGUACUGUGUAUUUUAUAAACAUGAUUUUAUGGCUAAAUUUGUAGGUUGUAACUGUUAAGUACUGUGUAUUUUAUAAACAUGAUGUUUAUGGCUACAUUUGUAGGUUGUAGCUGUUGAGAAAGUACUGUGUAUUUUAUAAACAUGAUUUUAUGGUUACAUUUGUAGGUUGUAACUGUUAAGAAAGUACUGUGUAUUUUAUAAACAUGAUGUUUAUGGCUACAUUUGUAGGUUGUAGCUGUUGAGAAAGUACUGUGUAUUUUAUAAACAUGAUUUUAUGGUUACAUUUGUAGGUUGUAGCUAUUAAGAAAGUACUGUGUAUUUUAUAAACAUGAUUUUAUGGCUACAUUUGUAGGUUGUAGCUGUUGAGACAAUGUUGUGUGUAUUUGAUAAACAUGAUUUUGUUGCUACAUCUGUAGGUUGUAGCUCUUGGGACAGUGCUGUGUAUUUGAUAAAUAUGAUUUUGUUGCUACAGUUGUAGGUUGUACCUGUUGAUGGUUUAAAGUAUGCUUGAAACCAUUUUCACAUGGAUGAGCUCUUUGAGAUGUAGUACUGUUCAGUGGAUGGUAUUACUUAUCAUGGGUGUUUUGAUUCUGCAAGACAUGGUAUCUUCGUGGUGACUUUCACAUUAAUAGAAAGAGCAGUUAUGUUAGGUAGCUUGAUCCAAUAUUUUGUAGUUGAUGAUUCAAGAACCUGCUUUGAACUGUUAUUAUUUAUCGAUUACGGUUUGUUAAAAUAAGCCCUAAAACUGGGUUUGACUGAUCAGAAGACAGUGAUUGAGCUUGUUUCUCCUAGUAGGAGAAUUCAGAUUCUUGAAAAUUAUUAAAUAUUUUUUAUUCUU